GAAGUGUAUGCCGGCAAAGAAACUGUUUGUACAGUGGAUGGACUUCAGUUCAAUAGUACCUACAAUGCAAGAGUGAAAGCCUUUAAUUCAGCGGGUGUUGGGCCUUACAGUAAAACAGUUGUGCUGCAAACAUCUGAGGUGGCUUGGUUCACCUUUGAUCCCAGUUCAGCCCAUCCAGACAUCCUCUUAUCCAACGAUAACCUAACAAUCACAUGUAACAGCUAUGACGAUCGGGUUGUGCUGGGAUCUGUGGCGCUCUCCAAAGGAAUCCACUACUGGGAGCUAACGGUAGAUCGCUAUGAUAACCACCCGGACCCCGCUUUUGGUGUGGCAAGGAUUCACUUACAAAAGGAUAUAAUGUUGGGAAAGGAUGAUAAGGCAUGGGCUAUGUAUGUUGACAACAAUCGCAGUUGGUUUAUGCACAACAAUUCUCACACAAACAGGACUGAAGGUGGGAUUUGUAAAGGUACAACAAUUGGUGUUCUGUUGGAUCUAAACAAGCGCAACCUUGCGUUUUACAUCAACAACAUGCAGCAAGGCCCAGUCGCCUUUGAAAAUUUGGAAGGCAUCUUUGUUCCUGCUGUUAGCAUUAACAGGAAUGUCCAGGUGACCCUUCAUACAGGAUUGGAAGUUCCAAAUCAUAUCAAGCAAGUCAAAUCUUCACUAUCCUACAGCCCCAAAAGCAAGACCAAGUACUGACACUUCAGUAACCAGCAAAAUGACAGUCGAUUCAGGUAUAAAAAGUUUAAAAGUUCCCAAUACCAAAUGCAAAAAGUAGACUAAAAUCCCUUCAAAAUUCUUAGCUCCUGAAGUUCUCAUUAAAUCUUAGUUGCACAUCACUGCUAUGAUUUAAAACUCAAGAACCACUGGCAAACAAAUAGCGUUCAGAUCAGUUUACACUAGUAAUAAGCUUUAGUUACACAGAUACCAACCUGUUGUGUCAAAGAACAAGGGUAACUGAAAUCUCCACUCGCACUGCAAGUAGGCUUGCACCAAGCAGUCUGUUACCAUUCUCUUUAAAGAAAUGUACAGUACAUCAGAUUAUGGAAUGAUAAAAAAUUGAUUUCCAGUGAAGAAGAUGAGAACAAUUCUGACAUGUUUGACUUGUUUUCCUACAAAAUAUCAUAAUUUUCUUUAGGAAAUAUUUGAAUGGGGUGCACAGUCAUUCCCAACAGUUGGUAAAGAUCAACUGAUUAAACGGAGAGUAUUAAGAUGGGAGACAUACAUGACACUAUAGCAUUUAAGUAAGUUAGAAACAAAGUGAAGAGGAUACUUUACUUCAACAAAUCCUGUCAUUUUUUAAAGUUGAAGUGCCCUGGCACACAGGUGAGUGUGAUGAAGAAAGCAGUUAACUAGCUUGCUUGAACAGCCAGUACGUUUGCUACUUGCUGUGGUUCCAGUUUCAGUCAAUGCUAGGAAUGUGCCCAGAUUUCUGCAAGUAAGUGCAAGUCUAGUGGUGUGAGGGUAUCUUGGCUUCCCUCCAUUGCUUUCUGUUUCUCCUAGUUAAGACAGGGAAACCAUUUGAUGUCUCUUAAGUAUGGAACAACAAGAUAAAGAGAACAGGGUUUUAUCUAGCAGAAGAGGAAACCACUGGACUAGAAAAAAAGGAGUAAGCUGCAUAAGGACAGUGUUAUUAGGGGGAUUACUUUCUCCAAUAGUUUGACCCAUCGAGUGGACUUGCUGCCACUGUUGAGAUGCCUGCUAAAGCAUUGGCCCUUAACAACAAACAUGGGUAAAGAGGUUAACUAGUAUUUGGGGGGAUGUAUUUGAGUUUGUUAAUAUAAAAUAUGGGGAAGUUAUUUUUUAAAGGUAUAUAGGACUUAAAAUCAAAUUUCACUAGAGCAGGUAAUGAUAAUUUUCCUAAGUACUGCCUUUAAAUAAUAUUCUCUUUGAUAGGAGGAAAAUAUUUAAGCAAAAAAGAUUCAAUGUGAAUUGCCAGAAUUACUGUCUCUGGUAAUUAGCCUGCACUUUUGCAACGUAAACUGUGAAAUUGCUGUUCCAGCGUUCACGAGGACAAAUAUAAAACUGGUUACUAAAAUAGCUUUAAGCCAGUCUCUACAUGACAUUGGUUCAUUUUUCUGAUUGCUGAGGUGCCAUCAUCAACUUUGCCUUUGAAAUUGCUGUCUACAUACACCCUCAGCGAUGGGAGACACCCGUGAUUCUGUUCUUUUGAUAAAAUCCCGGACAUGGUUGAGAUUCUCCCAGGAGCCAAUUCAACUCCUGCUCCUGUGCACCAUCUUGUGGCUGACUGGAGAACUACACUUCCAGAUGCCCUGUCCAAGCUUGGGUGGGCCAAAGGAUCACUGUAAAAUUAGAAAUGCACACUGAAGUUCUUCAGAACCAGAACCAAUGCAUUUGUUUCCAUUUACUCUACAUCAACCAUAAAGUAUGAGAAGAUAGUUUACGGGAAACUAUGUGGAAAGAAGAGGUACAGAUACUGUAUAAGCUAAAUACUGAAAAGUUUGUAUAAAUAUAAUAGAGGUGUUUUGUGAUUGUUACUGCGUGUCUGUUUUGCUAACGUUUGUCAUUUUGUAUAGUUUCCAAGGUAAAGUGGUGUUAGUGGCAGACACCAGGAAUGUUUAAAAUAUUGCAGAUGAAUGUUGCUUUGCAUGGACAGUUGAACAGAAUUUGCUGAUGUACUAUUUACCUGAUUAUGCACAUUGGUGACACUACUUAAUUUGAUGAUGUGCAAAAUUUUGAUAAGGUUUUAGAUAGAAUUACUUUAACUAUAAAAUUUUAAAAACUCUUAACAUUGACCUAGGUGAUCAAACCUUUGUUUAAGUAAUGAAGGCAUAAGAUUCUGCAGAUUAACACACAACAUGCUGGAGGAACUCAGCAGGUCAGGUAGCAUCUACGGAAAUGAAUAAACAACCGACGUUUCGGGCUGAGACCCUUCAUCAGAACCAUUCUGCAGAUACUGGAAUCUGGAGCAAAUAGACAGGGCUUGCUAAGUUCCUCCAGCAGUUUGUUUUAUUUGCUGUUCAAUAAUGAUAUUGGUGAUACCAGCCAAUCAUGAACCAGGCACCGCUGACUGUUAUUUUCAGAAUGGGUCUGCAUAUUUGAGGUCCAAGAGAUUGGAUCUCAGCAGGUGAUCUUCUAAACUCUGGGAGGUGGUCAGGGGCAAUUCUGACAAAAGAUCUUACACAAAGGUUUAAGCAGGAGAUUGAAAUAAACCUAAGAAUCUAUCCUGUGUCUAAUUUCCAACUGGAAAGGUUCCCCCCCACCCAAGGGUUUUGCCCGUCCUUACUCUGUUAAUUGGUGCAUUUAAAACCUGCAAGCUUACCUAUGUGGGAGAAGUGAAUCCUCGGCACAGCAGCUAGUGGGUUGAACUGAAUUUAAAUUUGUGUACUCUUUGAGCCCUCUAACUGACGAUAGCAUUUUAAUGAUCCAAUUUUGUGAAACAUAUUUCUGGAUGAUUGUGCUAACUCUGGUGAAAUCAAACUGCAGAAUUUUUUAUACUUGAGUUGAUUCUCUACUUUGAGCAGGGUUGCUGGUUAUAGAGAGAUUCAGCAUGGAAAUAGGCUAUUUGCCCCAACAUGUCUAUGCGAACCAUCAAGCAGCCAAUUGGACAUUAAUCCUACCCAAGCUCAACUUAUUCUCACCACUCAACCCUAUACAUGUUCUACUUCGAUUAGGUGCCAUUUACUAACCUAGCAACUUGUACAUUUUUGGGAUGUGGCAAGACAAGGGAGCACCCAGAGGAAACUCCUAUAGUUACAGACUGGACAAAUUCCAGCCAGACAUCACAAUCAGCAAUGAAGCGAGGUCACUGGAGCUGUGUAGGCAACAACUCUACUAACUGUGCCACUGUCAUUUCAAACAACCUUGUGCACUUGGCAACAUUUAGAUGAGGAGAAAUGAGAAAAACAAAAUUUUAAUUGCACCUAAAUUUUCACUGUCAAAAGACUGCAGCUUGUAAAUCAUGUUAUGAGUAAUCCUUUGUUAAAGGCUUAACUACACACUAGUGGCCACUUCAUUAGGUACAGGAGCGAAACCCCGUGUGGUUGUCUGCCGCUGUAGCCCAUCCACGCAAGGUUUGACGUUUUGAGCGUUUGGAGAAGCCCACAUGCACACCACUGAUGUAACGCUUGGUUACGUGCACUUCAAAAGCCUUCUAUUCCUCUGAACAUCCUGGGAUCCCUCUGUUUAUCACCUAUUUCCCUGCCUUGUUUGCUCUUCCCAAAAGAAUUACCUCAUACACUCAGUGGCCACUGUAAUAGGUACAAGAGGUACCUGACAAAAUGGCCACUGCGUGUAUGUUUGUGGUCUUCUGCUGCUGUAGCUCAGUACUUAAGGUUCGACAUGCAGUGCACUUGGAGAUGCUCUUCCGCAUACCACUGUUGUAACGCAUGGUUAUUUGAGUUGCUGCUGCCUUCCUGUCCUGUCCAGGAGAUCAACAAUUCUGAGAUACUCAAACCACCCCAUCUGGCACCAACACUCAAUCCAUGGUCAAAGUCACUUAGAUCAUAUUUCAUCCCCAUUCUGAUGUUUGGUCUGAACAUCAGCUGAACCUGUUCAGCAUGUCUGCUUGCUUUUGUGCAUUGAGUUGUUCCCACAUGAUUGACUGAUUAGAUAUUUGCAUUAAUGAGCAGGUGUACAGGUGUACCUAAUAAAGAGGCCACUAAGCGUAUAUUCCCUGUUUAUUGGAAGUUCUGUGUACAUUAAUGAAGAGGAGUAAAACCAGUUAAUUAGUGCAUUCUUUACAUUUCUGAAGUAAUUGCUUAUGAAUUCAAACCUAAUGUCAGCAGUAAAAUAGAUAAUCUGGGCUCACACUCCAGGUCAACUUUAUUGAAGAUAUUGUACACAGGACAAUGUUAAAUCCAGGUUAGGGAGGUGACUUGUUCAAUAAUUCCAUUUAAAGCAACACUGCUUAAAAUAAAACAAAUGCUUGGUGAUUCUCUGUGUGACAGCAGAAGAGACAAUGCCUGCCUUGUUUAUUUAUCUUCUCCUUUCCCACCAUCCAGUCACCCAAACGUUCUUAUAAGAUGAACCAGCAAUUAAUUUGCAUUUGGUGCAUUGCAUUAGUGUAUUUUGUGUUAGUAUUCAUAGUGGAUGACACUAGCAAAAUACCAGAACUGUAAGAGUGUUGGGACAGACAUUACUAAGGAGAAGGUGCUUGGGAAGCUGAAAAGUCCGAAGGUAGAUCAGUCAUUAGAUUCUGGAAUGGUUUUGAAGGACUGGAACAUUGCAAAUGUCACUCCACUCUUUAUGAAGGGAGGGAGGCAGAAGAAAGGAACUUGUAGGCCAGUUAGCCAGACUUUAGAGUUGGGAAGAUGUUGGAGUCCAUGAUUAAGGAUAAGGCUUCAGGGCACUUGGGGGCACAUGAUAAAAUAAGCCAUGGUUUUCUAAAGAUCAUGCUUGACAGAUCUGCUGGAAUUCUUUGAAUAAAUAACAGGCAGAAUAGACAAAGGAGAUUCAGUGGAUUUUCAGAAGGCCUUUGACAAGGUGCCGCACAUGAGUCUGCAAAACAAGAUAACUGCCCAUGGUAUCAGAGCAAAGAUGCUGGCAUGGGUAGAGCAUUGGCAAAGAGGGGAAUAAAGGGGGCUUUUCUUGUUGGCUGGCAGGUACUACUGGUGCACCACAGGGGUCUGUGUUGGGACUGUUUCUUUUCAUGUUGUAUGUCAAUGAUCUGCAUGAAGGAUUUGAUAGCUUUUUGACCAAGUUUGAGGAUGAUUCAAAGGUGGGUGAAGGGGCAGGUAGUGCUGAGGAAGCUGGACGUAUGCAGGAGGACUUAGACAGAUUAGGAGAUUGGGCAGAGGAGUGUCAGAUGGAAUAUUGUGUAAGGAAGUGCAUGGUCAUGCACUUCGGCAGAAGUAACAAAGGUGCGGAGAAAAUUCAAAAAUCAGAGGUGCAAAGGGACUUGCGAGUCCUCAUGCAGGGGUUGACUUGCUGGUUGAGUUGAUGGCAAGGAAGGCAAUGCAAUGUUAGUUUUCAUUUUGAGGAUUAGAAUAGAAGAGCAAAGAUGUAAUGCUGAGGCUUUAUAAGGUGUUGGUCAGACUGCACUUGGAGUGUUGUGAACAGUUCUGAGCCCCUAGGAAAGGAUGAGCUAGCAUUGGAGAGAGUCCAGAGGAGGUUCACGAGAAUGAACCCAGGAAUGAAAGGGUUAACUUUUGAGGAACAUUUGAUGGGUCUGGACCUGUACUCACUGGAGUUUAGAAGAAUGGGGGAGGGGUGGAAUCUCAUUGAAACCUAUCAAAUAUUGAAAGGCCUAGUGAAUGUGGAGAGGAUGGUUCCUGACCAGAGGGCACAGCCUCAAAACUGAGGGACAGUGCAGAGAUGAGGAAUAGUUUAUUUAAGCAGAGGAUGGUGAAUCCGUGGAAUUCAUUGCCACAGACAGCUGUGUAGCCCAAAUCAUUGGGUAUAUUUAAGGUGGAGGUUGAUAGAUUCUUGAUUUUCGAGGGGGUGAAAGGUUAUGGGGAGAAGGCAGGAGAAUGGGUUAGAGAGGGAUACCCCAUUCCCUCCUUGACAGAAUGAUGAAGUAGACAUGAUUUGCCAAAUGGCCUAAUUCUGUCCCUAUGCCUUAUGGUUUUAUGGUCUUAUGCCAAGGAUCACAGAGAAGAGAUUUAUUAGGAUCAUAGUAUGGAUCAGAAACUUUGAAUCUUUUUCAUUAUAACAAGCUAAGAGGAGAUUUAAGAGAGGAGUUUUAAACUAAGUUUUGGUAUAGGGUCAAUCUAUUUCUGAAAUAGGUAGCUAAGGGAAAAAUUACCUCAGAUUAUCUGCAGAAUGAAGGGAUAUAUUAGGAGAUGCUCAUUUAUGGGGAGUGUAGUUAAAAUAUGCAAAGUCCAACAAAAAUGAUGGACAUAGAACACUUAAAGUUUUUAAAAUCGAUAUGCAUUAUCAAUAUGAUUACUAAAAAAGAUAGACACAGAAUACUUAUAAGCUUUUAACAUGGAUAUGCAUUAUCAAUAUGAUUGAGGGCUGCCACAGGAAUGAGUGCUGACAUGCCCUGAUUCUAUAGUUUUGGAAGAACGUGGUUUACUACAUCAAGUAACUGAAGUAGUCCAUGAGCUUUUGAUACCACUUCAAGGACUGCAUUAAUUUCGGAAGAUGUUGAGUGUAUAAAGUCCUCUGAGGUCGCCUGAUGCAAACUCCACCAGAUAAGCCAUUAAAAGUCCUCCCUCUCCCACCUCCUCUUAUUUUGUUUAGGGAGAAAAUGCGUCUGUGAUGUUAAACUGGAUUCUAAUUGAGGCUAUGUAUUGGUUGCAUUAGUGUCAAGAUGGUUUGCAAUGAUAGCGUUCCUCAGAAGAAACCCAUCCUCCUUAGAUCAACAAAUAUAUGACACUCUAGAAUGCAGGGUAAUGCUAAAGUCGCAAAAUUGUUAAACCUCAUUCUUCAUGGUGUCAGUCCUGUAAACUUUUUUCCUAAAUCAAAAUCCUUAAAGCUGUUUAACUCCUUAAUGACAAGUAACAAGGUUCAAUCUUGUUCUCAAAAUGGGUGACGUUGGCAAGUUUUAAUAUCAUAAGCUGUUUUUAUAUGAAACCUCUUUCGAAUGCAUUGUUCUAAAUUAUUAUUAGUGGACCACUUAAUACAUUUAGAAAUUUGUAAGCAGUAUUGAAUAAGGCACAGUAUACCACAGGACAUAUGUUAUUUGCCAGCUAAACCACUGCCACCCAUCGGAAUGGUGACCAGUAUAUACUUUUGUAGGCAAAUUUGCUGUAUCGCACUGUUUGCUAGAGGGAAUUACUAAAUAUAAAUUAUGAAGAUUGUAAUGUAAAGGAUUUUAUAUAAACAUUACAGUCUAAAGCAAUGAGCCAAGAGUAAACAGAUCUGCAAUCUUCAUUUCUUAAGUAUUUUUUGUUUGAGUUACCUAUUUCAGGGUAUGACUCAGAUAUAUCUAUAAAAUAAUAAUUUAAUAUGCACUGGCAUUGGAGUAAAAAAAUUGUAACCGUGAAUACUGUUUAAUGUAAAAUGUGUCUCAUUUGUGUGUUAGAUAACUUUUUGAUUCCUUAUAAUAUGAACUUUGCAUUCUGUAAAGCAUUAAAUUUUAUAGAGAACGUAUUUAUUAUAUAUAUAUUUAGCCAAUUAUUUUAACUGAUCAAAAGUAUUACAAAAUAUUGUUUGGUUACAUAUUUUUUUUGUUAACGCUUCAUAAUUAUUAAAUGGCAUUCUAUGUUUGCAUCAUUUUAAUAGCAAGGUAUCUAUUAUCACUGCCAGGUUUCAGGUGUGAUAAAAAUUCUAGUAACUUGUUUCCCUUGUUAUCAUUGACAAUGAGCACAAGAGAACUUGCCUCAACCACAACUUUUAAAGUUACAAGACACAUUAUUCAUUUUGUAUUUAGAAAUAUUGAUUAUAGGUUCUUCAGUGUUGGCCCACUCUGGAAACCCCCACACAGAAGACCCCCAGCAGUUUAUUUUAGCUCGAACCCUGAGCAUGGGUUCAAACCUUUUGAGGAAAACCCAGUUUCCUCAGUGAAGUAAGCUGGGCAGAAUAUAAAAGGAAAUGGCCAUUUUUGAUUAUUAAGUAACACUGACCUUGAGUUAGUAAAAUCUGCUUGGUCCCAGUUGAUAUUUAUUGGCCAUAAGACAUAGGAGCAGAAUUAAGCCAUUCGGCCCAUUGAUUCUGUUCUGCCAUUAUAUCAUGGUUGAUUUAUUAUCUCUCUGAACCCCAAGCUUGCAUCAAAAGUUUGAUAUUUUUUGGUGUUGGUAAUGAUGCGACUGUUCAAGGACACAUCCGUUACUUACAUCUUAGCCUAAAACUUGAUUUUGCUCAUAAAGUAGGACUGGUAAAACAUAAGGUCAAGCCUACCACCAUGAACUCUUCGCCUCAACUUCACUGUGAAUAUGCUAUUUCAAUAUGUUCUCCACUGGUCUGUAAAUCAGACAUACAAAAUCGAUCAGUAAAUUAGACACAUGAAAUUAAUCAGUAAAUUGGACACAUAACAUAAUCAUUAUUUCUAGAGAGAAAAUGUGGCUUUUUAUUCUUUCAAAUUGUUAUUAACUUUUUAAAAAAAUUAAGUGGCUUUGUACCUCUUUAAAUUUAAAGUCAAUGUUUCAGAAUCCAGACAGUUAACACUGCAGAAUUACUUGCUCUCAUUGAGAGCAGAAAUCUUUGCCUGAAUAAUGUGCAAGAAAGCUGGAUAGCUUAUGGAUCAUUCCUCCACACAUGCAACUGUCUAAAACUUUAAAGAGCACAAUGCUUUUUAUAUUGAAAGUGCAAUUUGGUACUGUGCAGUUUGUACUUAACCAGCAUUGACUUGGAGAUGGUCCUGGCCUCUCUGAAAUGAAUGAAUGAAAUCUGUCCAUUUAGGGUUCCAGUGUACUUUUUAAAAACUCUUAAAUAUUAAUUCGGUCAUCAGUGAUUGAAGCGGCUGGUCCGCUGGUUCUUUUCGUUGUAACUGGUGGGUAUUUCAUUAACACUAAACUUUUUUAUGUACACUGGAGAGUUUGGUACUUUUUUGUGUUUUAUACAAUUCUGUGACUCUGUCUACUCAGUGCUCUCAAACCAGGUAUUGCAUAAACAGUGAAUAUUUGUCCUGUAAUUGGUGUAUGUUCAUAAAUUGUGAUGUGCCAAAAAUAUAUGUUGUAGUUGGUUAAUUAAAUAAAUCUGGCUAUCACAGUUUA